AUGGCCUUCCGGGCCACUUGCUUGCUCUUGUUGGGUUCUGCGAGCUCCGCGAACCAUGGCUACCGGAGCUCGCGCCCAUGGCUGCCACGAGACAUGCCCAAGGACGUGGUCACCGCGGAGAUGCUGGUUGCUGAAGACGAUUUGCCGGAGAACUUCGACUGGCGCAACGUGAAUGGCCGGAAUCUCGUGACCAGUGACGUGAAUCAACACAUUCCCCAAUAUUGUGGGUCCUGCUGGAUCCAUGGCACCACGGCCUCGCUGAACGAUCGCAUCAAGGUGAUGCGCAACGGCCAAUUCCCCGACGUGAUGCUGUCGAGGCAGGUGCUGAUGAACUGUGUGCCCUCGCCGAACAAGAGCUUGCCCCCGCCGGGCUGCGACGGAGGAGAUCCCUGGAUGAUCCACCAGUACCUGAAGGAACAUGAUGUCCCAGAUGAGACUUGCAUGCCUUACCAGGCCAAAAACAUGGAGUGUACACCCAUGGACCAGUGUCGGAACUGCUUGCCCGGCCACGGCUGCUGGUCCAUCAAGACCUGGACGGGCUAUGGCGUGAGCUCCUAUGGCAACCUCUCUGGCGAGGUUGCAAUGAUGAAGGAGAUCUACGCCCGAGGGCCCAUCACUUGCUCCUUUGCAACGGAUGAUGAGUUUAUGAUGAACUUCAGUCAGAACGUCAUGGAGCACGAGGGUGUUUACAGCACCAAGAAGACCUACACGGAGGAUCAGGUGGACCACAACAUGGAAGUGACCGGCUGGGGAGUGACCAACUCCGGGACCAAGUACUGGGUGAUUCGCAACUCUUGGGGCACCUACUUUGGCAGUAACGGAUGGGUGAAGCUUGAACGUGGCAAGAACAUGCUCAUGAGUGAAGCAGACUGUGAUUGGUCCAUCCCCCGCUUCGAGGGAUUGGAUGAGGUGCUUGCAGGAAAAGUCCUGGGCAGCUACAUGGCGGGGAUGACCACAAAGGUUGAGAGCGAGAAGUUGAAAGAAACGCUCAAGGCGCCAAAGUUCAAGACGCUCCCCACUGUACUUGAGCAGUCGCGGUCGAGGACGCAGGAGUCUGCCCUGGUGGAGACCUUUCGGGUGUUCCAAGUCGCAUUGGUCGCGCUCUCACUGCUGGCCGUCGGCUAUGCUGCUGGCAAACUCCGUGCGCGGAGGGACUCGAGGGAGAAGACGCAGCCAUUGUUGGGACACGACUACUAG